GGUUUUAACAACAUUUGUAGGAAAUUAUUUACUGUAUAAUUGCAUUUUUUCGGUUUAAUUGGCUUCAAGCGAGGGUCCAUAGGGUGCUCAACGUGUGGUGGUUUAAAAGGUCUUAAGUUAGUUUUUGAUUUUCUUAUCAGCUAUUUUAUUAAUCAUAGUAUUGGAGGACUUAACCAUGCCAAGCACAUUGAUCCAAUACAACUUUAAAGCGGAAGAACUAGUUAGAACCGGAAGGACGUCAAGUUACAACAUAGAUGGCAUCCGUGAAUGGCUGGAGCUUAUGCCGACGAUACCACAAUUAUCCGACGAGCAGAUAGCGAUAUUCUUAGUGGCUUGUAAGAAUGAUAUAGAGGCUACCAAGACGUGUAUAGUGUGUUUUUUUAAAUAUAAGGCGGCUGCCCCGGAACUUUUUGACAAUCGGGAUGUGGAUACCGAGGAAAUGAUUCACACUUUAAAAGUGGCAAAUGUAGCAAUAAUGCCCGAACGAACCAAAGAAAACUACGCGGUGAUUUGUGCAGGCCUAAAAGACACCAGUUAUUCCAGUUUCCAUGUGGACUCGCACGUUAAAAUGAUUUACACCAUUAUGGACCUGAUUCUUCACGAUAAUCCCCCCGCUGGACUGGUGGUGAUAAUCGACAUCAAAGGGGUGGGUCUGAUGCACAUUACGAGGCUGAAAUUGUCGACCGUGAAGAAGUUUUUUCAGUUUCUUCAAGAAGCUUUGCCCACCCAGCUGAAGUUCAUUCAUAUAAUGAACACCUCGUAUGUGUUUGACAAGAUUAUUACCAUUUUGAAGCCGUUUAUGAAUAAGGAACUUUUUGAUAUGAUCAUCACCCACCCCCCGAACAAAAGCCUGGAAUACUUCUACGAAAAAUAUAUCCCCAAAGAACUACUCCCCGCGGACCUUGGAGGUGACCUAACCAAUCUGGAGCAACUCAAAGAGGACACCAGACUUAAAUGGAGAAAAUCGAAGAAUUACCUAGAUAGUCAUCAGCAACAAAUCGAAGAUUAUAGACUUAAUAGAUCUUAAUUUAUUUAUGAAAGUUUAUAAUUUGUUACAUAUAGGGGAUGUAUAUAAAUAUUUGUUUUUU